CUAGAUGGCGGUGGUGACUGGCCCAUGGCUUACAUUGUGCUUUACCGCGCAAAGAAGUUGGAUUAAAAAAAAAAAUUACUACUUUUUUCCCUUUCGUGAAAUAAAAAUUUCACAAUUACAUGACUGAACCAAAAACGCGUCUUAUUCCCGAAAUUGUUCCUUACGUUCAUUAUUGAUGCACCCAAAUUCAUCUCAUCGCCAUUCCUCGUUUGACCUUUCUUUUGAGGAAGGGGUUUCCUUUCUAGAAACAGAGAGAGAAACCCUCAAACACGAUGCUAAAGCAAGUGAACCUCACUGGUUAUUUGACCAACCUGAUCCCAUUGGCGACGAAUUCCUACCAAACAGCCCUAGUCAAAUCCGCCAACAGCGGGCAACGAUAGAACACACCCCUUCCUACGCUCAACAAACAUUUACUUCUUCCAUUGCCAGUUCUAAACGCCAAAGUACCGGUUACAUUUCUCCACUUUUAGAGAAAUCAGCCCCACUAGCCUCGCCUGCUCGAAGGACGUUAGCAACCCCACUCAAGCUGCACAGCAAUUAUUCCAGCAAAACAUAUACUCCUGUAUCUGGAUUGAAACGAAAGCGCUCGCUGGCGAGCUCACCUUACGAAUCAACCACCCAAACAAACGCCUUGGAAGAAAUUGUUGAAAAUGCCAUUUCGUCUGAAGAACCUUUCGUCCCAUUAUCAGAAAGGUUGAGAAGGUAUGAAGAGGAGGUGGAGGAAAAGUCGUCUACGGGACAAUCCCCUGACAGGAGAAGCAUCGCAUCACCCCAUGCUCUAAAGCCAAGCCCCAAGGGACAGAAUGGAACUGAUUUGACACUUCAUAACCCUCGCUCGCCUUCCACAAGAGACGCGAGGGCUUCUGUGAAUAGAUCUUCUGAAUAUGAGACAGAUUUGCUAUCUAAACUUUCUCCAUACAAUCACUCUGAUUCGUUUAAAAAGAUUCGUUAUGAUCAUACUGACGAUGCUUUGUCGUUUAAGCACGAUGUUCAGCCUGAAGCUGAUUUAGCGGUGCCUGGAGAAUCAACUUCUAUUGAAAAUUGGUCUCACACCUCACCAGCAGAUAUCGGAACGAGACAACUUCGCGUCAUUGACGACCUCCCACCAAUGCCUGAUAUCCAACCUAGACGAAGUACAAUGAGCAAGCGUUCUCACUCGCAGGUAUCGCGUCCUCAGCCGUUAUCGCGAACCAUUCCACAGCCAUUCACCUUUGCAACUGAUGUACGAGGAGAGCAACAUCAACGGCAAUUUCAAGAAAAACUGCGACAAUGGAAGGACCGAGAAGAGGAAGCACAUCGAUUCAAGCCAGCGGGCCCACCCCCCAGAUUUGAUCGACCCUUCCAAGUCAAGAGGUCGACCAAACCACUUACCGAUGCACAAAACAUGGUGUUCCAUAGCGAAAUACGAUCAUUAGAACGGAAAAUGGCGGAAGAUGAGCGAAGAAUCCAACGUCAGCUUAAUAAAGCAACGAGUCGAAAGAGAAGACGGGUAACAAGCAUGGUAAGAAUAAGAUCGCCAUGAAUUUGAGCAAACAAAGGUUGCUAACCAUAUAAUAGGCUGACAGUGAUGUGGGUUUGCCAAAACCAAUAGCCAAUCAGAGAGUAAAUUCACCAGCACCUGGGCGCCGACCGACUCGUGAACUGACUAUACCCAAAUCACCCAACUUCAGCUUGAGUCGAAGUGAACGGAAAGCUUUGCGUGAGGGCCAUAGUCAUCUAGAGACAAGUGACAUUCGUAGGUGGUCUGAAAGCGUUAGUGGUUUAGCCAACCCAAGAAAAUAAUGGUCUUUUCACCGCUCACGGGUAGAACUUUAGAGAACGCUCGAUUCCAAGUUAUUUAGAGCAGUCUGAACGUUGUGGCGGAUUAGUGUUAGAUGCAUCUCAUCGUCUCGUCAUAGCCGAUUGGGCUAGUAACAAGCUUGCAUACAAUGUCCCCUAGUCAGGUAUAGCAUACCUCAUUCGGCAAUUUAACGCAAUCAUAAUAAAUACAGCGUUUCGUUAAUACACACAAGUAUA